CCAGAGGGAGAGAGAGGAAGCCAGGGAUUUUUGGAUCUGCGAUAGUUUUUUUUAGGUAACCGGAUCUGCGAUAGUUGAUGAAGCAGAAAGGGAAACUCCAUAACCGCAGAUCAAGGAGCUUUUCGAGAUCCAGACUUGCGAUUGAAGGCUCAUAGCCAUAGCUUUUUAGCUUCUCUUCCAUUGCUCGCGUCGCAUUUUAUCUUUCUCUAGUAGAAAUCAUCUCUCUUUUUUUUUCCCUAUUGAAUUCUCACUGACAUGGCUGCAUACGGGGAAGAACGUGAAAUCCAAAAGAGUUACUGGACAGAGCACUCUGUUGACUUGAGUGUUGAAGCAAUGAUGCUCGACUCUAAAGCUGCCGAUCUCGACAAAGAAGAGCGUCCUGAGAUACUUUCAAUCCUUCCUCCGUACGAGGGGAAGUCAGUCUUAGAGUUUGGAGCUGGCAUUGGUCGUUUCACUGGUGAAUUUGCUCUCAAGGCUGGCCAAGUUAUCGCUGUCGACUUUAUUGACAGUGUUAUCAAGAAGAAUGAAAACAUCAAUGGGCACCACAAGAACGUAAAAUUUAUGUGUGCUGACGUGACAUCCCCGGAGCUGAAGUUUUCAGAUGAGUCUGUGGACCUAAUAUUCUCGAACUGGCUACUGAUGUAUCUCUCUGAUAAAGAGGUGGAAGAUCUGGCAAGAAGGAUGCUACAAUGGUUGAAGGUCGGCGGAUAUGUUUUCUUUAGAGAGUCAUGCUUCCAUCAGUCGGGUGACAGCAAAAGGAAGUACAAUCCAACUCACUACCGUGAACCCAGAUCUUACACUAAGGUUUUCAAAGAAUGCCAUAUGCACGAUGAGGCUGGAAAUUCUUUCGAGCUCUCUUUAGUUAGUUGUAAAUGCAUUGGAGCCUAUGUGAGAAACAAGAAGAACCAGAACCAGAUUUGCUGGAUAUGGCAAAAAGUCAGUUCGGAUAAUGAUCGGGGUUUCCAACGCUUCUUGGAUAACGUCCAGUAUAAAUCUAGUGGCAUCCUACGCUACGAGCGUGUCUUUGGACAAGGUUACGUGAGCACUGGGGGAAUUGAGACAACAAAGGAAUUUGUGGGCAAGCUGGAUUUGAAGCCUGGCCAGAAAGUUCUAGAUGUCGGGUGCGGAAUCGGAGGAGGGGAUUUCUACAUGGCAGAGAACUUUGACGUCGACGUUGUGGGAAUUGAUCUAUCCAUCAACAUGAUAUCGUUCGCGCUUGAACGUGCCAUCGGGCUCAAAUGCUCUGUGGAGUUCGAAGUGGCUGAUUGCACCAAGAAGUCAUACCCAGUUAACACAUUCGAUGUUAUUUACAGCCGAGACACCAUUCUCCACAUCCAAGACAAGCCGGCGUUAUUCAGGACAUUCUACAAAUGGUUGAAGCCGGGAGGCAAGGUGCUUAUUUCCGAUUACUGCAGAAGUCCAAAAGCUCCAUCUCCAGAUUUUGCAGAGUACAUCGAGCAACGAGGAUACGAUCUUCACGAUAUACAAGCCUACGGUCAGAUGCUCAAGGAUGCUGGAUUUGACGAGGUAACUGCAGAGGACCGAACCGAUCAGUUCAUGCAAGUCCUGAAACGGGAAUUGGACGCCGUCGAGAAGGAAAAGGAAGAAUUCAUCCUAGACUUCUCCAAAGAAGAUUACGAGGAGAUAGUGGGUGGGUGGAAGGCGAAGCUGAUGAGGAGCUCGAGCGGAGAGCAGAGGUGGGGUUUGUUCAUCGCCAAUAAAAGAAAGCUCAGCUCCAACGGCCCUCAUGUCUGAUUGAGUGACCCUCUUUGUUCUGCUUUGAAUAAAUAGUGUUAUUUUGCACUUGUCUUAAUCCUCACGUUUGGUAAGAAUCCCAAGUGUUGGACCUGACGAUGAUUUAUCAGCAUAUUACUUGAAAAAUUCUCCACA